AAGAUGGAAGAAUACGCACGUGAACCAUGUCCCUGGAGGAUUGUGGAUGACUGUGGAGGGGCAUUUGCCAUGGGUGCCAUUGGGGGCUCUGUUUUUCAUUCCAUAAAAGGAUUUAGAAAUGCUCCAAGUGGACAUUAUCGUAGACUUAUUGGCAGUUUAGAUGCUGUAAAACAAAGAGCUCCAAUAACUGGAGGUAACUUUGCCGUGUGGGGUGGACUGUUUUCAGCCAUAGACUGUUCCCUUGUUUACAUCAGAAAGAAAGAAGACCCAUGGAACUCAAUAACCAGUGGAGCUUUGACAGGGGCUAUUUUGUCAGUGAGAAAUGGAGCUGGAGCAAUGGUUGGGUCUGCUGUUAUUGGUGGAACCCUCUUGGCACUGAUUGAGGGUAUAAGUAUUUUAGUUACAAGAUAUUCAGCAGAACAGUUUAAACCGAUUUCGCCUCAGGCCAUGGAAGAUCCUUCACAGUUACCUCCCAAACCUAUAUUUGGGGCAUCGCAGUAUCAAUAACAGUGUGUGAUAUUAGGAUGGACUGUAUUACUUGUAGUAUCUGUACAGUUAGAUUGCUGUAAAGUUAAUGAAGAUAUUUUAACAGUCUGGGAGUGAUGUAUUGGAGUUAAAUCUGUCCUGCCCAUCCAUCGGUUUAUACUUAAUGGACAGGUGUGCAAUGUGGCUGUGAGAUCUGCCAUGCGGUGUGUAAGGUUGUAAUUUCCUGAACUGUUGUUACAAAAACUGAUUAAUCACACAUUCAGUAUGUGGUUCACACUUUUGACAGAAAAUGUUGACACUUUUGUGGGAAAGACUUUCACACUGAGGAUGAUUUUACUCCUUAGCCAUGAGUUCUGAGCCAUGAGUUCUGAGCCAUGAACCCUUACACUGACACUUGUGACUGAUAAUUUAACCUGAGAAGCAUCUCAUUCCCACCUGAUUGUUGAAGCUAUGCUGGCAACAUGGGUGUCGACUUGUAAGUGUCCAGAGUAGCAAAAUCAAUGUACAUGUAAGAAAUUCUUAGAUAUCAGUAAAACGUGAAUACAAGGAAGUACAGAAAAAGAUGUAAGAUGAAGAACCAAAACCUGUGUUUCUUGCAGGGCAUGGCAGUAAUUCGUUACAGCCAACUAUCAUUUUCGAAAAAUCAAUGCAGGUGACGAUCUCAUGGACUAAUUAAUUUUAGAUGGGUUAUUUUGUGAGUGGAUGAUAUUGAUUCUGGUACAUACUUGGCACGAUGAGGCUCAUUUCGUUUUGGCUCUCAUCUGUUGCCUUCUUCCAUCCACAUCUGGCUAGAUAAGACUAAUAUUUACUCAUUAGUCCUGUUAUCUCUCACUGUGUCCGCUAUGGGUUGUUUGUUGUGGUGUGAUAUCGGUUCUGUCCAUGACUGGCUCGACAAACAUGGAUGUCGGGCUAUUGUCAAGGGCUUUACGGGCAGGACCGUUAUCUUGCAGAGAGCAUUGCUGGUAUGACAUUAAGGAUUAUAUUUGACCAGAGAAAGGUGUAAGAUGCCAUGUAUAAUCGUCAGUGUGUGACGUUAAGUACUAGGUGACAAAGUGAGAAAGAGAGUCAUUGUACAGUUUUUCUUAAAUAAUUUGUGUGUAGGAUUUACAUAGAUGUAUUCAGUAUGUCAGAGUGUAAAUGGACAAGAUUAUGGCUGAUCGGUGUGUAGAAUUUGAGAGAAUUAACCGUUAAGCACGCAUAAGGAUAUGCAUGAUAUCAACUCCUGUACAGUCACAUUUGCUCCUGACAAUAUAAAACAUUCUUUACCAGACAAUUUUCAACUUUAUUGCGGAGUUUCAUACGCUUUAGUUUGACAGAGUUUCCGUUCACAAACUGAUGAAGCUUUAGUUGUCGGAUUAGUGUAUUCGGGCAAAUUUUGAAUAGAUGUAACCAGUUUUCCGCAAAAAGCUUGAGAUCUUAUCAUUGUAUAACAUGAUGUUUAAGUUAAAAAAAAAAAACAAAACAGUUCAUAGGAGCAUAAAUUGCAUAUACACAUUUUUCUUGAAGCAGAAAAUAUUGAAAAGUUAAGCGUAGUUCAGGAGAUUCCAUUAUUUGUUGGCGACAUGUGGCUGCAAUAUUGCCAAAAUGGCGUUAAGCAUUCAUUUAAUGGUUUGGCAAGCGAAUUACAAUGGUUCUGUAGGGUAAAAAUCCAUUGGUAUACACAACGUCACUGUUAUUGGGUGGAUUUAAUAUCGUCUAUAUUGACAGGUGAGAACAGAUACUGUGACGGUUGUACAUCAGGAUGUAUUCUUCGUUACAUGUCCACAGCACAUGGAAUGUCGUAAAGGUAGCUGUCUGUGAAUAUAUCAAAAACAAAAAAAAAACAGGGAUGUACUAAACAAACCUACAGGAAAUAGACCACGUCAACCCUCAUCGCCAUCUAAGAAGUUUAUAAUAAGUUAUGUAUCACCUGGUACAGGUAACAGAAGAACCAGAUUGGUAUAACCGGUAUAUUGAAUUUAGGUAUCGUCUGACGUGUGUUUCUUCCUUUGUUGUUACACUCAGUAAUCUUUCUCUACAUUCGUAUGUUAUACAUGUAUGUGAAUAAAAAUGGUAUGUUGGAAGAUAUUGUAA